UAUCCAUCAGGUAAAUCCUUUUGGCCUAUAAAAGCCUUGCCCUAAAUGCCAAUGGACAUCAGUUCCUUGCCAGCCAGCAACCAUGAAGUACCACCGUGUGAUGAACAAACGAAAGACCAACCAGACCCCAUCGCCAGCCAGGGAAUCCGAAUUGAAUAUCCACAAACAGGAUUUUGAUGGCCGCAUCUCGUAUGGUGCUUUGGAAAUGGAGGCUGCUGCCGCUCUGCUCAUGUUGCGCUAUCAGUACGAUAGGCAGUCGGUGCCAAUGCCCUCCACCGCUGUAACACGUUCGCCCACACCGCCGCAGCAUAUCGCCGACAAAUUGACGCCCAAGGAUCAGGCUGUGCGCACUCCCGACUCUGCUCAGCCUAUCAAGAAGCGUUCAAUACCCAACCAUCUGCUGAGACGCUCUUUGACUCCAGCCAAAUCUACUACCAAUGCAGGAGGAUCAUCAUCGAUAGUGAAAGCCAAAUCCCGAUUGACGCCUGUGCCCCGCCGUAGUGACAAUGACUGCAACAAAGUUCUGCUCAAGUCCUGCCGCAAUAUGAUACGCGAGUUUUUGGACAAUCAGGAACUUAUCUAGGGAGGAGAGGACGAUGAUGAUCCAUAGGAUCUUCCAGUGUGUAUAUCAUUUUUCAUUUAUUUAUUACAUAUAAAUUUGUUUCCGUUUUCUUGAAUAUUUUUUUAAUACACAUAAAAUGUAUAUGUACCUAUUGAUCGAAAGAUAUACUCGGUAAAGGUUUUUGCAAAUGGAAGAACAGGUAUUGUGGCGACACUAGAGUGCUAAUUAUUAGCUAUUGGCGGUGUUUAAACUUAAUGCGUAAGCGAAAAAACAGAUAAAAAAUAUAUAUAUAUAUCGUAUGUACGAAAAUUAGAUGUACUAUAAGAUCUAUGCAAUAUUUAAUAAUAAUUACAGGCACUAAAAACUAAGUUGGAUGAGCGUGUGUGUGGUGUGGGGUUGAUGGUCUGCGCCUCUCCAUUCCAUGACAUUUCAUUUAUGUUUUGCAUUUAAUAUAAUUAAUAAAGUGUGCUUCAAAAUGUACAAAAUUUCUAUUGUUUUUUAUGGUUUGUAUGGGGCGACGUGCAGUUGUUUUACAAACUAAAAUUGUUAAUGCUUAAAUGAACACUUCUGCUUUUUGCUCCGAUUCCACAAAUCUUUCCGUGAGGGCGCAGCCGCUUAGAAAACUAACAUACAAAUUAUAUAAUAAUAAUAAUAAUCGUAUGAAUAAUGUUUUAAUUGAAAACUAAAUGUGUAUAUGCUCGUAAUCAUUGCUAUAAAAAUGGAA